UCGAUUCGGAAUAUUUUGAAAACGCUUUGGUUUUGUUUCGACUGUGUUAUAAAAUAUGUUUUCUUUCUGAUGAUUUAAAUAGUAACUUUGUUGGCAAUUGAAAUGGGAUCGCUCACAUGCAACGAACAAUGUCUAAGAAAUCUUGCUCAUAAAACACUGGAAGAUCUAUUAAAAAUAAAGUUAAAUACAUCUGUUGCAAGAUUACAAAAAUUCGUUAAUAACUUGAACUCCCAGAAACCUCAUUCGGAAUGUUCACUUAAUUUCCAAAAACCUUUCUGUGAGAUGAAGCUUUCUGAGGUUGUUGUGAAUAAUCAGAACAUGGACCUUCACCUCCACCCCCCUUAUAUUCUUCAUCAGUUCUGUGUUUAUCUUCAUCAAUAUUUAGAUGUUGAAGGUUUGUUUCGAAUACCUGGUUCAUCUAAAAGAAUUAAUAUUCUUAAGGAAAAGCUUGAAUGUGGUUUUGUAUUAAGUGAUGAAAACCCGCACGAUGUUGCGAACCUUUUCACUUUGUUUUUACGCCAAAUACCAGACCAGUUGAUACCGAAACAAUUUCAUUCAAUUAUUUUACAAGUGAUGCACGCCAUGCAGGAUGACAACCAAAUAAAGGCAAUUCAAUGUCUAUGUUUGUUACUUCCACGUCCCAACUUAGAAACCCUUCUCUAUGUCUCGCAUUUAUUCCAAUAUGUUGCAGAGCAUGGAAACAAAAAUAAGAUGUCUAUUGAUUGUCUAGCAACAAUGCUAGCACCGAACAUCGUUCAGUUUGAAGUAAAUUCAAGAAAUAUUCGAAAUAUUUCAACGAUUCAAACACAGUUUGCCCGUCUGUUGUUGCUCCAUUCGUUACAAUGCGUUGAUUUGGCAAGUUCUUGGAUGGAAAAUAUUUGUGCUGAGUCAUGUCGUUGUGUGGUAGUGGAUUGUGACAAUGCUAAUUUAACAAUUUCUAUGAGCAAAGCUGAUAAACGAAGACGAAGUUUUGCAGAUCGUAUGUUGCACAGUAUGUGUGGGAAGUUGUUGAAAUCUCAUGGAGAAUCAACAAAUACGACUCAAACAUCGGAUACACCAAGCGUAAAAACCCAUCGUAAGAAGAGAAAUGCUGAUGUUGAUUCACCUCAUGUUGUUCAUCCAAUGAAACGGAGGAGUUUACAAGGAUCUGCAUUAAAUACACCAGAGUCAUUAUCGUAUGCUAAGGAAAUGCCAAGGAAUAUUCAAAACAAACCAUUUCAUUUUGCAGAUGAAUCUGGAAUACCGAAAAUAAAUUUCACACAAGACCAAUCACUUCCAUGUUCUUCAAUGAAAUCAGAAAGGCACGACUCGGGCAGCACAACCUGUUUCCGCAUCCAUAAGUUGAAGCCUCGCAAGAAGUGUGAACGAAGGAGCACAAGAUGUCAACCUGAUCUUAUUGUGAGUUAUCCUGUGAGGCAGGGUUUGGAGCAAGAAGAGAAGACUGGAAGAAGAUUGGCAUCUCAUAAAGACCAGCAUUCAUCUGCACAUUUGACGGUGGAGAAAAGUAAACAAAGUUCUUUGUUUGGGAAAUUAAAAUCUCCGUUUCUUUCCCCGGGGAUUAGGAGGAGAUAUAAAGUUGCAAGGAAACGUAAUCACCACGCGAGUGCAGACACACUCGAUACAAACAUUUCAGAUGAAUCAUUCGUUCCACAAGGUGAACCUACUUACAAUUCAACAGAAAACACAAGAAAUGAAGUUUCAUUGUUUGAUUUAAGUAUAAACACUCUUAUAUCUAUGAACAAGCCAUCCGAAUAUGAAAACACACAAGCUUCUUGUUCACCUAGUGAAGAUUUCAACAGCUCGCAACAAGUUGAUGACAUUCCCAACAACAUUCAACAAGUUGAUGAUGUUCCCAACAACAUUCAACAAGUUGAUGAUGUUCCCAACCACAUUCAACAAGUUGAUGAUGUUCCCAACCACAUUCAACAAGUUGAUGAUGUUCCCAACAACAUUCAACAAGUUGAUGAUGUUCCCAACCACAUUCAAAAAGUUGAUGAUGUUCCCAACCACAUUCAACAAGUUGAUGAUGUUCCCAACCACAUUCAAAAAGUUGAUGAUGUUCCCAACAACAUUCAACAAGUUGAAGAUGUUCCCAACAACAUUCAACAAGUUAAUGAUGUUCCCAACAACAUUCAACAAGUUGAAGAUGUUCCCAACAACAUUCAACAAGUUAAUGACAUUCCCAACAACAUUCAACAAGUUGAAGAUGUUCCCAACAACAUUCAACAAGUUGAAGAUGUUCCCAACAACAUUCAACAAGUUGAUGAUGUUUCUAACAACAUUCAACAACAAGUUGACCAUGUUCCUAACAACAUUCAACAAGUUGAUGACAUUCCCACCAACAUUCAACAAGUUGAUGAUGUUUCCAACCACAUUCAACAAGUUGAUGAUGUUCCCAACCACAUUCAACAAGUUGAUGAUGUUUCCAACCACUUUCAACAAGUUGAUGAUGUUUCCAACAACAUUCAACAAGUUGAUGAUGUUCCCAACAACAUUCAACAAGUUGAAGAUGUUCCCAACAACAUUCAACAAGUUAAUGACAUUCCCAACAACAUUCAACAACAAGUUGACGAUGUUCCUAACAACAUUCAACAAGUUAAUGACAUUCCCAACAACAUUCAACAACAAGUUGACGAUGUUCCUAACAACAUUCAACAAGUUAAUGAUGUUCCCAACAACAUUCAACAAGUUGAAGAUGUUCCCAACAACAUUCAACAAGUUAAUGAUGUUCCCAACAACAUUCAACAAGUUAAUGAUGUUCCCAACAACAUUCAACAAGUUGAAGAUGUUCCCAACAACAUUCAACAAGUUGAUGAUGUUUCUAACAACAUUCAACAACAAGUUAAUGACAUUCCCAACAACAUUCAACAAGAUGAUGAAAAUCUUGAUACAUCCCAACAUGAAGAUGAUGUCAACAUUCCAUUACAUGUUUCUACUCUUGGAACUUCAAAUGUUCAUAAGGCAGCAGUUAAUAAUAAUGACUUGAAUACAUCUGACACAGACUCUUCCAUACUUAAAACACUAUGUGCGAAUGUUAGCACAUCUGAUGUGGAUUCCGAUCUUCAACAAUGUCAGAUGUUGUUGAAUGAAAUAAUUGAUUCAGUUGUUGUUAAAAAUGUGAAGAAAGUUGUGAAGAGACCUCGUACACCUCUCACAAGAUCUAAAGUGAUCUCACGUAGAAGUGGUCAAGUGUUGCUACAGCGUUGCUCCAUUCCACGAAACGGAAAUCCUAACAAUCCACACAGAGUGAAACGUUUGGUCUCACCAGCAAAGCCGCUUACAAUGUUAUCAAACAAAACAAAUCCAUUUAAAUUAUCACAAGCGAUGAGUAACCGAUGUUUAUCAGUCUUACCAAGCAAAAUACCAAUCUCCCAUUUUCGUCCUAAGGAAUAUGAGACUCCUGCGUUCGUCAAACUUCGUUCAUCAUCUCGUAGAAUACGAACAAAAGACGUCAGAGAAAAUUUACACAAAUCUGUAAAGAAUUACGAAAAUCACCAACGAAAUAAUCGAAACAGCAUUCGCCAACUUGAAGAAAGCGGGCAUGUGAAUGCAGCAAUUCAACAUUUUAAUCAACUCUCAGAGUAUAAACAGAAGUUGCCACCGUUGCCUUAUAAAACCAACGACGAAGCCUUAAAGUCGCAAGGGAACUUUCCUAAACCGAAACUCACCGAAGUAAAGAACAUAAUCACCAAACACAAAUCGAAAAGUUUAAACAGUUUAAUAUCUUGCUCUCCUGAAUGUAGCAACCCAUUGUGUGGAAAGCCUCAAGAUAAAACUCUUAAUCGUCAUAUAAAACUUGACUAUUUAGAUUUCUCGCCAGUGAGAAAGGCAACACCCCAGCAACCACGAUCUCGCCAGCCAAUCAAGCCAAUACAUAGUCUAAACUUUUCAUAAUCACUAAAACUGUGUUUUUUAUCUUCUUGCGCUUAAAUCAUGAGUCUACCAAUCAACCUUUAUAAUGUAGUUUUUUUUAAAAACGAAUGUCUUAUUUAUUAUGCUGAAAAUAGAUGUUAAUUAACUAACGACAAAAUCUAUAUAACUUGUAUGUUAUAUUCGCUGCAACAGGCACAGUGUGUUACAAAAAAUUACGCUAAUUAAUACGGGCUUUACCUUCGUUAUCUCUAUAUAGCUGGUGAAACAAAUAGAUUCAUGUUAAUACAAAUUCCUGACACGUUUA